AAAAGUGAGAAAAUUGUCAGUGACAGUGAGUGUAAAAAAUGGUGGGGAUGGAAAAUUACGUAGUGUCUGUAGAAAUAAGUGAAAAAAUUGCAAAAUUAUCGUGAAAUUCUCCCAAAAAUUGUACAUAGAGGUGAUGUCAAGGAAGCAGGAAGAGGUACUUGAUAGCUGGGAGGAGAUUGAUGAAGCACAACUGACGGCAAAGAUCAAUAAAAUGCGUGAGCACAGUUCAAAGGAGAAAAACAGCCGGAAAAUGACGAUAUUGGCUGUGGAAGAUGAUCCAAGGAGUCACUUUGGACAAUAUGGACCCCAGGAGCCAACCCUGAAGAUUCUCAAACGUCCACAGGACACCGAAGGACGUACCGGUGGGGAUAAUCGUCCCAAGGCACCGGUGAAGACUCUGCAGCAGCGUGAGCAGGAGUAUGCUGAGGCGAGAUUGAGGAUUUUGGGUUCAGCCAAGAGCCCAGAGGAAGAACAAAACAACUCUGUGAUGAGGCGUGGGAGUGAAUCUGGUGGAUCCUCCAGUCGUCAGACAAUGUCAUCCGUAAAGACUCCCGAUGGACUGAUUCGGCUACCACGUGGUCCUGAUGGUACAUCUGGCUUCACACUCAAGCGGUAGCAAUAUGAAAGGGUAUCUCCGGAUGACUUUCCCUGCCUCAGAAGAGUAUUUUUCUGGGCAGGAAAAGAAAGACUCUUCUACCUUUCCCUCAUUAACCUUCUCACAGGCCAUCACUGACACCUGGUGGCCAGUGGAAGAAAUUGUGUGUGCAUUUGUUUUUUGAAUGGCGCAACCGUCACUGACAUGAGACUUGCGGAGAGAUAAAUUGUGAAAAAUUGUACAAUAUAAAUGGUAAUAAUUCUCUUUAUUUUUUUUUAUUUGCUAAUAAAAUAAGUAUUAUAUAGGAAA